GUUAUUGUUUGUUAGGUUUGUUAUGUUAUUAUGUUUUGUUUAUUAUUAAAUUUUUGAAAAACGGCAGGCUGCUGACUGCUGCGAAAUUCGCAAAAUUAUUUAUUGCAAAGAAAUUAUUUUCAUGUCAUUAGAAAGUUACUGUCCCGUUAAAACUUGAAUCAUUUACGCUUUGCAAGUGGCAAUAAUAAUAAAAUACCUAAUUAGUGUGACGCUUACUGAAAUGCAUCGGAUAUUAUCUCAUAAAUGCAAUACAAAUAAAAUAUCAAAUCAGUCUUUAAACGCAUAUAUGCAAUAUGCAAAAGCAAGCAGCAACGCUUAUCCUACUCAAUGUCGAGUUUUGAUUGCUGGAGCAGGUGUUGUGGCCAACUCUGUUGCAUAUCAUUUGGUCCAGAGUGGUUGGAAUGAUGUCAUUAUAGUUGAACAAAGGAAAAUUGGAAGUGGAACUUCUCAUUUUGGAUCAGGAAUUUUGGGACUGUUAAAACCAAUUUCCCAUCGUAAUGUUAUUUGGUAUAGUAUAAAUUUAUAUAAAAACAUACAAAACAUGGGCUAUAAUGUUCAGAUGAAACAAUGUGGCAGUUUGAAUUUAGCACAAACCAAAGACAGACUAAUUGCUCUUAAGAGGAGGGUAGCCUACAAUUUACCUACAGGGUUACAUUGUGAGCUACUCAGCAGGUCAGAUAUUCAAAGUAUUCAUCCUUAUAUUAAAAUUGAGGAUCUUGAAGGAGCUGUCUGGGUUCCUGAAGAUGCAGUUAUUGAUCCAAGAGCAAUUUGCGAUACAUUAUCCUUAUUAGCUGAAAAAGGUGGUGCUAGAUAUAUAGAAAGUACAGCAGUGAAUAGAAUUUUAACCAAAAACGGUGCUGUUUAUGCUGUUGAAACAAGUAAAGGAAUUAUACAUUGCGAAUAUUUUGUUAAUUGUGCAGGAAUGUGGGCUAGGGAAUUGGGAUUACAAUGUUCACCCAGUGUCAGUAUACCAGCCUAUCCUGCUGAGCAUUUUUAUGCUACGACCGGCAUAUUGGAUACAGAAAUGAAAGAUAGUCUUCCCAUAGUUAGAGAUAAUGAUAGUCAUACAUAUGCUAGGGAAUACAAUGGAGGCCUUAUGGUUGGAUGGUUUGAGAAAGAAGCUAAGCCAGCAUUUGAAAAAGGACAAGUACCCAAAGACUGGGAAAAAUUUGUUAAGCGAGACAUAAAGCAUUUACGGCCUCUGUGGGAAUAUGCAGUGAACAGAUUUCCAAUUUUGGAAACUUGUAAAAGUCCUAACUUGGUUAACUCGCCAGAUAAUUUUACUCCAGAUGGGAGAUGGAUCUUAGGGGAAGCACCUGAAGUAAAAAAUUAUUUUGUCGCAUGUGGAAUGAAUGGAAAUUCUUUACAGGGUGCUGGUGGAAUAGGUAAAGCUGUAUCAGAAUGGAUCAUAGAAGGUGAGCCAAGACAGGAUUUGCUUCCUUUUAUCCUGCAAAGAUUUCUCAAUGUUCACAAUAGUCGACAUUAUUUGAGAGAAAGAAUUAAAGAAGUUGUUGGACGGAACUACUCAAUUUUAUAUCCAUUCCAAUGUGAAUACAAAUUUGCAAGAGAAUUACGUUGUUCGCCUUUAUACAGUGUUUUGCAGACUAGAGGUGCCGUUUUCGGAACUAAAAUGGCAUAUGAAAGAGCACUUUAUUUCGAUUUGACCUAUAAAAAGGGCCAAGUUAAGGCUGAAAUGCCAUGGGGAACUUUUUUCAAGCCAAAGUUUUUUGAGUUUAUGAAAGAGGAGUAUCUUGCCUGUAUUGAGGGAGUUGGUAUAAUAGAUAUGUCGUCGUUUUCGAAAAUAGAAAUUAAGUCAGGAGGAAAUGAGGCCUUACAGUACCUACAAAAAAUCUGUUCAAACGAUGUUGAUAUUUCUGUUGGUUCAAUUGUACAUACAGGAAUGCAUAAUGUUAGAGGAGGUUUUGAGAAUGAUUGCAUGUUAGUUCGACAAACUUCAAACAGCUAUUUUAUGGUAUCUCCUACAAGCCAACAAACAAGGGUAUUUGAAUGGAUGAAAAGGAACCUACCAGAAAAAACCACCGUGGAUUUGAAUGAUGUCACUUCAAUGUACACGGUAUUAAAUGUUGUUGGACCAAAAGCCACUCAACUUCUUAGUGAGUUAUCAAAUAGUGAUUUAAAAGUUCCUCCAUUCACUUAUAUGAAAGUUAAUGUUGGAUAUGCAUCAGAUGUGAUGGUAAUGUCAUUCACUCAUACUGGUGAACCGGGUUACUGUUUGUAUAUUCCUUCUGAAUAUGCUUUACAUGUUUAUGAUAGGCUGAUAACAGUUGGAAAAGAUUAUGGUGUCAGAGAUGUUGGUGUGCUAACUCAAAGGUUUAUGAGGCUUGAAAGAUUUAUACCAUUUUGGGCGGAAGAACUCAGUAGUUUCACUACCCCAUUAGAGGCUGGUAAUGAUUGGUGUGUUAAACUGGACAAGAAAGACGAUUUCAUAGGAAAAGAAGCGCUAGUUAGACAAAGUAGUACUGGUGUGAAAAAAAGACUGGUAUUUUUUCAGUUUAAUGAUAUGGAUCCUGAUGCGGAUAUUUGGCCAUGGGGCGGUGAACCUCUUUACAGAAAUAACGAGUUUGUUGGUACAGUUACAUCAGCAGGGUAUGGUUUUGCCGCAAAUAAAUUGAUAGGUCUGGGAUUUAUUACCAAACCUAAAAGUGAAAAAAAUAAAAUCGUCACCAAAGACUACAUUCUUGCCAAAAAUGCAAUUUAUGAAGUAGAUAUAGCAGGUAAUCGAUUUGGUGCAACACCUUAUUUACAUGCUUUAACUGUGCCAAGUUUCCAUAAUGAUAAAAGGGAGUAUAGACCUGUUGCCACAAAAACGUAAACAUAUUUUAAUAUUUAUAAUAAUUAAUUUAUUAGCUUCACAUAAAAUUUUAGAAAAUAAUGAGGUAAUUACCAUUUUUUUAUAGCUGUUUUUAGUUUUCGAUAUCAAUAAUUUAGGAGUCCAUUCACUUGUCCAAAAUAUUCAUAAUAUUAAUGCUGCAUUAGAAUUUGCCUAAAUUUGUCUGAACAAAAUUCGUUCUCACAUGCGUUUUUUCUUUACAUCUUUCUUUGCUAGAGGUUCAAGUGAAUGGACUCUUGAUAGUCGUUUCUUCGGCUUCCAACUUUGUAUGUGAAUAUUAUUGAAAUAGGUAUAUUUUCUAAACAUAUUUGACUUUUUUUUGCAGUAAUAUGCCUAGAGUACUGGUGUAUGGUACCUUUUGUUACAUCUUCAAAUUUUUUGUCUGUAAUUAUUUAUCUUCCUUCUUACUAUGUUUCAAUAGAUAUAAAGAGUUUGUGAAGAAUCGCUUUCAAACGUUGUUCUAUAGCCAAUAAAAAACUACAUAUUAGACUUUUUUUAAGUAUAUUUAUUUCGUAGGUAUUACAUAUGUAAAAUAACAGAAAUAUAAAUAUGUAUUAAAAAACAUUUGUUGGUAAAACUCCUUUAAAUUUUUUUAAAUUCUUUCCCGAAAUGACCCAUUCUAAAUUUAAUAAUCAAAAAAGUUGCGAAUUAGUUUCAUUUCAUUUUUUCGAUAAAAAAAUAUGUUGGUGCAAAUAUUAUUGUAAUAUUCACAGGGGAAUUUCCGUUGAAAUUGAGGCAAAGUAAGAUUGUUUCAAUACAUAAAAAUGGAGAUUCCCAUAAUGUCUCAACAAAUUAUCGGCCAGUUUCUUCGUUACUUUCAAAGGUCUUCGCGAGAGCAAUUUGCAAAAGGUACAGGUACUGUUCUGAUGAAGUUGAAUUAAAUAUGCAGAAAAUGCAUACCUAUACAUAUUUGCACAUUGCAUGUUGUCCGCUUUUUUCUUAUCACUUAUAUAUUCAUAAAAUAACAUUAUAUAGCAUAACAAAUACUGGAAACAUUGUACAAAAUCUUAAAUACAAGCGGUUACCUGUGUCAAAUUAAAUAUUAUUAUUAAUUUUAAGUAAGUUAUAAAUGAUUAUAAAAUUAAUAUAUUAUCACAUUAAAACACUAAUGAUUAUGAUAAGUAGUAUAUACCAUCAAUAAAUGAAAAGUAAAUAGUUAAAAUAUACUCCUCGACAAAAUUAUCGCACCACUGCUUAUGGUGAUGCUUAUGUGCAGUGGUGCGACAAUUUUGUCCAGGAGUAUAUUAAUAAAUAUCUAUUAAAAUCUAUGAAAUAAUUACAAAUAGACUAUAUACUUAGUGGAAAAGACACAAAACUUUAAAUGCCUACAUUAAUUAUUAAUAAUUGGCAAUACUAUCAAGAGGACCCAAAUUCAUUCAUCCAUUUUUCAUAUUUGUCUAAAUCUUCUUUUGAGACACUCUUAUUAUUUUUUGCAAUAGCUUCUUCAAAAUCCUUUGUAGUUACAGGCAGAUCUAAUUCUUCUCUUGGUAGCUGCUUGAUUUGAUCAGGUUUCAAUCCACAGAUUUUUCGUCUCAUUGACAUCAUCGAAGCGUCACGACAAACAUUGGUGACAUCAGCUCCUGAAUAUCCAUCUAAUUUACGGGCAAUUCUUGCAAGAUUCACAUCAGGAUCUAGUUUAACUUCUCUCAAGUUAAUUUUUAAUAGCGCCUCUCUACCUUGCAGAGUCGGCAAUGGUAUGUAAAUUCUUUUUUCUAAUCUUCGCCUCAGAGCUUCAUCAAUAUCCCAUGGAAAAUUUGUGGCUGCGAGAACCAUAACAAUUUUGCCUGGUUCACCAGUGUUUGCUGUAAUCCCAUCCAUUUGUACGAGCAGUUCAGAUUUAACUCUUCUGGAUGCUUCAUGUUCUGAUUCUGAACCUCUUCUGGAACAUAGCGAAUCGAUUUCGUCUAUAAAGAUAGUACUAGGAGCGUAAAAAUGAGCCUGAAAUAAACAUGAUUUUAGAUUUUGAAAAAUCAGGCAAGCUUGGAGCUGCAAAUAUUUCACUAGAAUGAAGGCCAAUUUUUAUCCAAACAUCAUCGAAAAGCGCAGCACAGAUAAGGAAUAGCGGAGUAAAGUUACAAUGUUGUGUGCUUGGAUUUAGGUUCUUCUGAGCAGAGUGACCCACCACAGAAUACACACAGACAAUGCAAGCGUAACUGCAUUGUUGACUGGAAAUGGAAAAUAAAAACCCCAAACUAAACUAACUCAACCAAUGCCCAAUAGACGCGACGCGUCAGCCAUCUAUAAUUAUUAUAUCUAUAUAUGAACUUCGGUAAAGCAAUGUUUCCUGUUAUAUAGAAACGGAAGGAAAAACGGAUCAAGUUUGGUACAAGUCUUAGAAAAAUAUCAACAAGGCGGCCGCCAGUGAAAGUGCAGUUGCUGAGAAAUUUUCUUGCAUUGCCAUCUUUAGGUCAUCUAUAUACCUACAUAUAAAAUAUUUUUUUCACUAUUCAAGAUAUUUGAAAGAUUAGAAAGAUAACAGCGAGGAUAACAGCUUAAAGAUUUAUAAAUUAAAUCGGUUCAAGUUUCAAAUUACUUACCAUCUCAAAAAGUAGCCUAACCAUCUUUUCAGAUUCACCUCUAUAUUUAGAUGUCAGAGUUGAAGAAGAAACAUUAAAAAAGGUUGUUCCACAUUCUGUGGCCACAGCUUUUGCUAGCAUAGUUUUACCAGUGCCUGGAGGUCCAACCAUCAACACACCUUUCCAAGGCCUUCG